UAUAAAUUGAAUAUGGAAGUUACUUUAGAGUUCCCGGAUUUCGAAGGAAGAUGGACUGUCAGAUGCAAUGAGUGCCAACAACCGAUCUGAGAUAAAGGAGUCCUCAGAAAGAUAAUCGUUAGGGAUAUCAUCCUAGUUUCGUUUAUUGACAACUUUUCAGUGAAUAACAGCGAUGAUUCAAAUUUACUAACUUGAGAGGGCUGAAGGACUACUCUUGGCUGUACCUCAAAGAUUUUGGUGAACCGUGAAGAAUUUUAUGCCUCAUGAAAAAUUGAUAUAGAAGUAGUAAAAUCUAGCAAAGAUGACAAAUAUGUUAUGAAAAUACUCUCUGGAUCAUUUUUCCCAAACAUCUUAGCCAAAAUGACCAGAUCUGAUUCCCCUGUUGAGUAA